CCCAUCCAACCGUGUCCAUAGUGCAAGGUCCCUCGACGUCGUCCACGAACGAACCGUGCGGCACUUCUAUGCCACCACCGCCUCGACCACCCGUCAAAUCCAUGCCAGGAGCCAUGACCUCCCCGGGCCACUCCGACCAGUCCAGGGCGCCGAUCAUGGGACUUUACAUGCCUCGACUCCCCAUGAUCCCGACGCCGUCGGCUUUGGGGAUCCCCGGCGGAAGUCUCCUCGGUGCCGGACGGGGGAUUCCCCUACCGCACUCUGCGUUCCCCGAUCAGAUCCCCCCGGGGCUGCUGGAGAUGUGCAGGGCAACUAUCCCGAGUGUCGGGCCUCUGACCGAGUCGUUCGCUGCCAACAUAAGAAACAGCGAGAGCCUGGCGAAGCACGCCCUGUUCGCCGACCGACACAUUUCGAGUCUUGGCUUCCUGAAGAGCACCAACCCCAUGGUGGAGAAACUCCUGCAGAGCACGAAUCCAACACUCCUGUCUUCUCCAAUCAACGCUCUGAACUUGUCCCAGAACUGGUGCGCCAAGUGCAACGCGACGUUUAGGAUGACCUCUGACCUUGUUUAUCACAUGAGGUAAGGCUAUUUAAAUGUUAGACGCGCCUUAUGAAAUACGUGUUGCUUCUGUUGACAUCGCCUUUUGAAACAUCAUUCACCCUUAAAUAACCGUACCGGUAGUAAAAAUUGGCUUACGAAAUUUGUUACUUUACAUUUCCUGAUCACUAUUCUUUUAGGUUAAAUGGAAAAAUGCUUUUUAAGUAACCUGGCUUGAGUGGGGGUUUGUUUGUAUGUCGUUGUUUGACCACUUCGUUAUGAGACGUAGAGACGUAAAUCCCCUUGCAUGAUAGCUCUUUGUAGUGCCUGUUGAGUUUAUCCACUGGCUCAAAAAGGGGGAGAGAAAGCUGAACUUUAGCUGCUGAUAGUCUUUUAGAGAGAGUCUAUUUUAAUUAGUUUUAAGUUGAAGUUAGUUUUUAGCAUCACAGUAAAGAUUAUUUUACUGAGCCAAAAAAAAAUAAAAAAAUCAAAAGGAGGUUCCUUGGAUUGUAGUGGCUCUCCCCACAGGGGCGCCACGAAAUAUUACACACUUGUAUAACUUUAUUUGCACUUUAAAUCCCGUGUGCCAUAUAGAGGUCGUGAUCCUAACAGUAACCCACUUGAGUAACUACAGGCACGAGAUGACGCUUAGUGACCUAUUUACGUGAUUUAUUUACUCUCAGCAAACCCUUUAUUUAUUUAUUUUGUAUGUAUUCGCAAUUUCGAAGUGUACUUGUUAGACUUUGACACAGGGCGCUGGUGAAAACCAAAAUUUUGCAAGGGCACCGGGAAUUACAAAUGUUUAGGAACCACUGGCGUAACCGAAUAAAAUGUCAUACGUCAUUUGAACAUACGAUGGACUAAAUUAAAGUACUUUAAAACUACUACUACUUAGUGUAUUCUACUUUAGAGAUAUCCAGUGAGUUCAUUUGUGAAAACACAAGGCAACAUUGUGACAGUGCCUAGAAAUGGUUGCGUGACAUUUUACAGUAUUAGAGAUAUAACUGUUCUAGUUAUGGACUGUCCGAAUUUCAGGAUGAUUAUUGUAGAAUUUGUCAAAAAUUGUACGUAAGACUACUUUUUGCUGAGGACCACCCCCCCCCCCCAAAGGUCCUAUGCACGGAUAAGCCAAAUCUCCAACAUUAACCCCCCUCCCCCUUUUUUUCUUCCCCCCCCCCUCAGUGCGCACGUACUACCUGGAUGUCCUUUAAAGCAAAUUUUAUGUUAGAAUUUCAAUUUCAUUAACAUUUUUGUUCCUUGUAUUUCUCCAGAUCCCAUCACAAACGAGAGUUCGACCCCAUGAAGAGGAAGAGGGAGGAGAAGCUCAAGUGUAACAUCUGCAACGAAGCGUUCCGGGAGCGCCACCAUUUGACGCGGCACAUGUCAUCGCACGCGUGACAUAAGGACCAGCCUCUAGCACCAUCUAACUUCCUCUUUGACACGCCCAUCAAGGAUGUGCUACUGGCUGCCCCGCCCCUGCUCUUCCAAAUGUGAUGGUGCCUAUUCCCGAGACAUAUUCACACUCCUUGUAAAACGAAAACUAACCAUCCAGAUGUGGCCGGCGGAUGCUCUGGGCAUUUUGCAUCACCGCGCAUGAUUUGGGCGUCCUGACCACCGUGGUGCAACUCAAGAGUUAAGAACUUGGUUGAAACUUCGAUGUUUCGACCAUCAGACUUUGAUUACCGUAAGGAAAGACGGUUUUUUAAACUCAAGUCACGGACGGACACCGGUUAUUAGUAGUGAGUAGUGAUUAGUCAAACAUAAAUCAAUCAGUGCUGGUAUUGCGUUAUCAAAGUAAAUCCUAGAGCAAGGUAAGUGGAAGCUUGCACAGAAAGACAG